AUGGAGACACAAUUAGGUCAGAUUGCUGAUGCUUUGAGUCAAAGAGAACCCGGGAAAUUUCCAAGCCAACCGGUGAUACUUCAAAGGAACCAAGAGCAGGCCAAAGCGGUCAUAACACUUAGAAGUGGUAAGGUUAUUGAUAAUAGAGUUGGCAAUGAAGUUACUAAUGAAUCUGAUCAUGUGAAUGCAGGCCCCACUCAAGAAGAGCAUGAGAAACCGAAUGAAGAUCCAAGCAAUGCCACUUCUUCGUAUGAAGCUCCAAAUUUUCACAAGGCUGAAAAACCUUACACUCCUCCAAUCCCAUUUCCUGGAAGACUUGCCAAAAGCAAGCAGGAGAAGUCAUUUAAAGAAAUUUUUGAUAUUUUAAGUAAAGUGAAUGUUAAUUUACCUUUGCUUGAUGUCAUUAGGAAUAUGCCAGCAUAUGGGAAAUUUUUCAAGGAGCUAAACACUUAUAAGAGGAAGUAUGGACCUAAUGAAAAGGUGAUGGUGUCUGAAAAUGUGAGUGCUGUGCUUCAAAGAAAGCUCCCACCAAAACUCAAGGAUCCGGGCAGUUUUUCUAUCAAUAUCACCAUUGGAGACACGCUAGUUGAAAAGGCUAUGCUUGACUUGGGGGCGAGCAUCAAUUUAAUGCCCUAUUCAGUGUACCUUCAAUUAGGUUUGGGGGGGUUGAAGGCAACAACUAUUUCAUUGCAACUUGCCGAUCGAUCAGUGAAAUAUCCAAGAGGUAUAGUGGAAGAUAUCUUAGUUCAAGUUGACAAACUAAUUUUGCCUGCUGAUUUUGUAGUGUUGGACAUGGAAGAGGCUCCUAUACAUGAUCGUGAGUUACCUAUUUUGCUUGGGAGACCCUUUAUGGCCACGGCAAAGACUAUCAUAGAUGUGCAAAAUGGUCUCCUCACCAUGACUGUGCUAGGAGAAACUGUACAAUUCAAAGUGUUUGAAUCUCUUUCUCACCCUUCUAGUUCACUUGAUUGUUGUUCGAUUGAUGUGCUUGAUUCACUUGUUUUCUCUAAGUUUUUGCUGGCACAAUCCAAUGAUCCAUUACAAUAUGUUUUGAGUCAAUCUCAAGAUGACUUUGAUGAAGAAGUGCUCAUGGAGAUGGUGGCAGCCUUGGAAGCAUUAAAACCAUAUCCCUCCACUUUUUCACCUCUUAUAGAGCCAUUAGGACCAUCUGCCACACAUCUGACCCCUUCUGUUGUUAAACCUCCAAAACUUGAGCUUAAACCACUUCCAUCACAUCUAAAAUAUGCUUACCUAGCUGAGUUUGAAACUCUCCCAGUUAUCAUAGCAUCUGACCUCACCCCUUUGGAAGAAGAGAAGCUAAUUAGGGUGCUAAAAGAGUUCAAAUCAGCCAUUGGUUGGUCUAUUGCAGAUAUCAAGGGAAUAAGCCCUACCAUGUGCAUGCAUCGUAUUUUAUUGGAGGAGGGAGCGAAACCAACUCGUGAACCACAAAGAAGGCUCAAUCCACACAUGAAGGAAGUAGUGAGAGCUGAAGUGUUGAAGUUGCUAGAUGUGGGUAUCAUAUACCCGAUUUCAGAUAGCAAAUGGGUCAGCGCUGUUCACGUAGUGCCUAAGAGGAUUGGAAUCACAGUGGUAAAAAAUGAGCAUAAAGUGCUUGUUCAAAUGAGACCUGCAGCUAGUUGGCGUGUUUGCACCGAUUACAGGAAGUUGAAUUCGUACACUAGAAAAGAUUAUUUUCCUAUGCCUUUUAUUGAUCAAAUGCUUGAGCGAUUAGCUGGUCACGCAUAUUAUUGUUUUCUUGAUGGAUAUUCAGGUUAUAAUCAAAUUGCGAUUGCUCCGGAAGAUCAAGAGAAGACUACAUUCACCUGUCCUUUUGGCACUUUUGCAUAUAGGAGGAUGCCGUUUGGCCUUUGCAAUGCCCCAGCAACAUUCCAACGAUGUAUGCUGGCAAUCUUUUCAGAUAUGAUUGAGAGAUUUAUUGAGGUAUUCAUGGACGAUUUUUCAGUUUUUGGUUCUUCUUUUGAUACUUGUCUUAACCAUCUCUCUCUAGUGCUUCAAAGAUGUCAGGAAACAAAUUGA